AUGAAAUUAGGGAAAGUCUGGUUGAUCAUAGGUUUUGCAUAUGUAGCUACGACCUUAAAAUGUGAAAAUGGUGUUAGCACAAAAGAUGGGAAUGAUGAGAUUAAUAAUAUGAGUAGAGAACAAAUUUUAGAAAACAAUAUUAAUGAAGCACAGAGAAAAAUAAAAGAAUGUGAGAACCAAAAAAAUGAGCUAGCUAUUCAAAUUAAAAAUGUUCAGAAUAGUUUACAUGAAUAUAUAGAAAAUAAUAAAAAUGAAUUAAAUUUGUGUGUAUCUCAAAUGAAUGAAACAAAAAAUUUGUUUAAAAAUUGUAAAGAAAAGGAAUUAAAAAAUAGUGAAGAAAUUAAAAAUAUAAGAAAUGAAUAUAAUGAGAAUUUAAAUAAAAAGGAAAAUGAAAAUAAAAAUUUGGAAAGUAAAAUAAAUAAGUUAGAAAUUAAAAUAGCUAAUACUGAAUAUAAAUUAAAUGAUUGUAGUAAAAAAUAUGAAAAAUAUUACUAUAAUAAUAAUGGAUAUGAAAAUGGAGAAAAUUAUUUAAUAUCUUAUAAUAUGAUUAAGAUAUAUUUUCAUAAAAUUUAUAAAAUAUAUAAAACAAUUUAUAUUAUAAUAAUUGAAAAUACAUAUUUAUUUGAAAUAUUGAACAGAAUUUAUAUUAUAUAUUAUAACUUGAUAAAAUAUACAAAAAUGUAUGGUACUUUGACAAUUAGUAAAAUAUAUGAAUUUUAUGAAUUUAUAAUAAAUAAUAAUAAAAUAAAUAUAAUUAUAAAUAUAUAUAAUGAUUAUAUUUAUAAAUAUUAUCAUCUUUUUUUAAAAAAUAAAAUUAAUACAAUUUUAUCACAUAGUUAUGAUUUAAUUUUAAAACAUGUUAAGAAUGUAAUUCCAAUAUUAUUAUCAUUAAAAGAUGGUUAUUUUAAAUAUGUAGAACAUUUUGUCCAAAAAUUAAAUAUAAAUGCAGAAAAUUUCGUAAAUAAAAUAAAUACAAUAAAUCCAGAAUUAAAGGGAAUAAUACCUACAAAUUUACUAGAUCAAAUAUUAUUUUUAUUAUUUUUCACUAUUGUUAAUUUUAUUCACAUAUAUAUAUUGUUUUAUAUUAUAUAUAUAUCAUUUAAAUAUUCCAUAAAAAUUAUAAUAUGGUUAUUGAGAUGGAUAUGUUUUUUUAUUUCAUCUAUAUUUCAACUCAUAAUUUUUAUUUUGACAUUGCCAAUUAGACCUUUUAUAUCAAAAAAAAAUCGUAAAAAUAGAAAAACAUACAGAAGACAUGAUGAUAAUAAUGCUUAUGAUAAUUCUGAACGAAUAUCUUACCAACAACAAGAAUACAAAAAAUUAUACAAAAGUCAAAAUGCAUAUCAAAGAAAAUUUUAA